AUGGCAAACGGUUCAGAUCUUCACAAAUUUACCGAAUUAGGAAAAAUAAACGAAGUUAAAUGUUUGAUAGAAAGAUACCCUUUUGAUCCACCAACUAUAUCAAAAGCUUUAUGGACAGCCCUUAACAUAGGAUCUCCAAUUCAUAUAGAAAUCGCGAAAAUUUUGCUUCCUAGGGCAUCACCCAACUAUAGAGAUAGUAGCGGGAUUUCUUUUUUAAUGAAAGCAGCAAAAAUAGGAGACUUUGAGCUUGUAACCGUCCCCUUUAAUCUAGUUAGGAAAAUAUUCCCUUAAUAGUAGCAAAAAACAUCUAAUAAAAAAUAAUUUUAUGCAAAAUAUUUUUAUAUGUAAUUAAUAAUUGCUAAAGAAAAUAUUGAGCUAGAGGGCUUCCAUUUAAAAAUAAAUUUUAUAAAAUUAGAUUUUUGAUUAAAAUACUUAAAAUUCCGAAAAAAUAUUUAUAUACCAAAUUUCAAAGAAAAAUUAACCAUGAGCAGAAAAUCUUGCUUGUACUUAAAGGGAAGUAAGGAUGUUGAUUGAAUUGAAAUGUAGCAGUGGAGCUCUUGAUAGAGAAAAAAAAAGUGUUCUGACACAUGCAUUAGAAAAACAUGGAGACGACCCUAUAAGAAUUGUCUCAUUUCUGCUGUCUAAUGGAGCUAAUGCAAAUGUUCCGGACAUACAAGGGUUUACACCUCUUCAUUUUGCUGCGCAAAAUGGCUUUGUGGAUUCUGUAAAUGAAUUAAUUGAAAGUCGAGCUGAUAUUAACGCGAAAAACAUAUAAUUAUUUAAAUUGUAUAUUAAAAUUAUAAUAAUUAUCUAUAAAAACACGAAUUUAGUAUAAAAAUGUAUAAAUAAUGAUACCCCUUUGCAUUUGGCUGUGAGGAAUAAUUAUAGAAAUUGUGUUGAAUUACUAUUAGAAAGAGGAGCAAAUAUUAGGAUUCAAAAUAACGUAGGAAAAACUCCGAUUAAUGAAGCCCAAGGCAAUAUUUUUAACUUGCUCACAGGUUACGGACAACGAAAAGAAGAAAAUAAAAAAGAUAACAAUAAAAGCAAAGGAAAAAACAACAGAGUCAAAAAUUACAGAAAAAGAGAAAACCAUGAAAAAAGCGCUGAAGAAAUGGCAAAUGGGAACGCUCCAAUAAUCCACUCCUGCUUGAGAUGCAAAAAGACUAAUGAAUUAUAUUGCAUUUCUUGUGCCAGAGAGCUCCUCUCACAUUCCUCAGAAGAAGAAUUCAAAAUUUUGAUCCCUGAAAAAGGAUCAAUUGAAGAUGAAAACAGAAAACUUAAAAAUGAGCUUGAAAAAGAAAGAAAAAACAAGAAAAAGCUAUUGGAUAAGCUAAAAGCUUUAGAAAAAGCAAAUUCACAGUCCCCUGCUGCAAGUGAAGAACCUCAAGUUGAUGAUAGGCUAUACUCUAUAAAGCUUGCUAACCAGCCUAACCCUUCUUUGUUUAUGAGACCAGUAACAGUGCACACUCAUGAGAUUGUGAUGCAGCAUCUUCAGCAAGAAUGUAAAAAAUUUCUUAAUGACCUUUCUAAUUGGGCAAGAAAAUCAGAUAGCUCAUAUAGAGAAGUUGUGGAGAUUAUAGUUUUUACUCUGAAGGUGGAUUUUGCACAGCUAGAAGGGAUUUUUCUUGCAGCAGCACCUGAUCACUGGUGUACUGCAAAGGCUCAAGACAGCAGAAUCAGUCAAGCUGAGAUGGAGCAAGAACCAAACCUAUGUGCUCUAACGGCAGGAGCCGUUGUGAUGCCAGCGAUAGCCGUAGAAGAGAACCCGGGAACCUGGAGGAUGGGAGCUGUACAGCAAGUAAGUAAGUAUAUAACAUAAUUUAACGUGGAGAUUAUAUUUAUUAUUAUCUGAAUUAAUAAAUAUUUUUUAUAUAAAGCAAAAAAUUUUAGUUAAUGCCUUAAGCAUAUCUGCAAAUAUAAAAGAGGAAUUUCCUGACAGUGAUGUACAAAAUAAAGCGGCGGUGUAACCAAACCGUUCUAUGCGAAUCGGCUAAGAGUUUGAGGGCUUGAUGCAACUGAAGCCAAAAUGAGAUGAGUCUCAACCUCCUUCGCCAGGCAAUGAAGAUUUUUACCUUCCUGAUUGAUAUGUUUGAAUUAGGGUUUUGCCGUUAGAAAACACUUGCGUCUAUAACGAAGAGUUUGCACCAAGACUAUUAGGAAGUUUAUCCCCAGCUGGAAUUAUAGUCACUAAACCAGCAGCCGCCAAUUUAUAAGCUGUUUACAAAGUUCCUUAUCAAGAGCCAGAUGAGAGUUGUCUCUGGCAGAAAUGCUGACAUACUUAUAGAGAUUUACCGAUAGCUGAGCUGGUUUUCACUAAAGCUUGAUCUAGGUGAGAAGUUAAAAAAGAACCUAAUUGUUAAUCUAACCUAAUUCUAACAGUGAGGUAAAAAUCUACGGCUCAUUCGAAACAAACCUCCAUCUUCCUCAUUCUGACAUUGACCUUGUCAUCACAAAUUUAACAAUUUCUCCAUCCCAAGUGCUACAAUCCCUUAUUCCUAACUCCCCCCCCAUCCUUGAUCGAACGAUUGACUGUAAAAAUUCCUAAAAAUUGGGGAAAUUAACCCAUCCUUGAUCGAACGAUUUUCAUAUCAUGACAAUUUUUAUAUAUAUAAAAAAUAUUAGUUAUCAAAUGCUUUGGAAGAUGUGCCUAAUGAAGUUGUUUUCAGAGCUUUGAGACGACAGAAAGCUGCGAAAUCAACCAUCCGAAGUGAUUUAGACAUCAGCAUAGGCUUAAAAGCUCAUAAUCUAAUAAAAUAGAGAUUCUUUAAAAUUUUAAAAAAAUAUUUAAUUUAAAUUAAAAUUUAUACAGUUUAAAAGGGUAACUAAUAAAUCAAAAUAUUAAAAAUUGGUAUUUUUAUGAAAUUAAUUCAAUUUUUUGCAGUAAAAAUAAUUAUUAAAUACUCUUAACCCUCUUAUUUAAAGUAAAUAAAAAAAAUCUAUAUAUAUCUUUUUCAUUUUAUAUAUAUAAAAUUUUUUUCCCAAAAAAAUUUUUUUUAACCCCCAUCCUUGAUCGAACGAUGGCGAGUCGUUCGAUCAAGGAUGGGGGGGGAGUAAGCUAAAAUCUCUUGAAAUUGUCGAGAGCAUUGAUGAUAUUUUAACUGCUUCAAUUCCUCUUUUAAAAGUGAAAACAUUGUACAACACAAGAGUGAUACAAGUAGACAUAUCUGUACAAGACUCUAGACAUAGUGGCUUGGCUUGUUCAGAUUUUGUUAAAAGUUUGCUAAAACAGUACCAUACACUUCGCCAUGUGACUUUAUUGUUUAAGCAGCUUAUUUAUUUUUCUAAUUUCCAUGAGCCAUUUAAGAGAGGGCUGAGCUCGUAUGGGCUUUUGUUGAUGAUUACUUGGUAUUAUCAGUCACAAGGGCCUGAAUGGAUUGCAGAUUUUGGCAAUGAUUCUCAUAAGGUAGCAGAUAUUUUUUGUAUAUGUGCUUAAUUUGAAUUUUUUAUAUAUUAGGAAGGUAAAUUUCUUGAAAAUUUUAAGGUAAAAUUUAGAUAAAAUUGAGGUAAAAAUUUUGUAUUUUUAUGGAUAUGAGUUUGAUUAUUCAAGGAAAAUUGCUGUGAAUAACCCAGAGCUUCCUAAUUUAAGAGAUACUUGAAUUAAUACAGUAAUGAGUAAGUAGUCCCCUGGAGUUCUAUGCAUUUGUGACCCAUUGAAUCCUCAAAGCGUAGCUUAGCUUAAUUAAAGAUUAAGGGACUUGAACCGAUAGUGUCUUACUGAAGAAUAGCAUUACUCUAUCUGUUGCAAGUCGAGCCCCCAGAAGUGUGUCAGCACAGCACCGGGGAUAUCUAUACUCCAGUUUUAGCCUGAUUCUGAUGCUGCCUCGGACCUUAGAGCUCAUAAUUUAGGAAAGGGCUUCACCCAAGCUAGUGUGGUAUCUUGUGGCUUCAGAGAAAAAGUGUCCCAAGGUCCAUGGAAAAUCCAAGAUUUUGCUAUAACAGGGGAAAAUCCAGCAAGAUAUACACAACAACCCGCAACCCUUAGGUAAAGCCGCAAGGCUCAGACAAAUGAUUACUCAAAGAACCCAAACACUAUUGAAUAAAAAACGAUAGGGUAGUUCAUAUCGCUAUUUUAUAUAUAUUGAUCCUCAAAGUUAUAUAGCUUCAAAUACAGACAUUGAGCGACUAUUGGUAGUCCAUAUUUAGAAUAUAUUCCAAGUUGCCUAUUUUAAUAUAUGAAGACCUGCAGUGUGUUCAUGUCCUGAAGGGCAAAAGAUCUAUGAAAAAAUGCUUUAUGAGGCAAGAGCUUCUUCAAUCUAUAGUUAG